AUGCCAAAAGCUUCAGCAAAAGACAGCAGCGCCCUCGGCAUCCGCCUUGAGGGUGACCUCGUCUACGCUCCAGGAGACACAAUCAUCGGCUGCGUCUGGCGCGGCGAGCAUACCGUCUCCGUCGCCAGCUCCGUCGAUAUCGAGCUCUACGCCCGCACGAAGAGCAAGAAGAUCACCAAAAACGGGCAGACCACCAGCGAAUACCGCAACCGUUUCACCCUCAUCGAAGGCGCGCAGACUCGCCAGCGCCUCUUCUCGGGCCCAAUCCAUAUCCCACCCGGAAAUAAACCAGAGGACGAGAAGUCAUGGCCCUUUGCCAUCACGCUACCCUCGCGGAUACCUGAACCUGAGAAGGUUGCGCCAGAAACCUCGCAGGAAUAUAGCUAUCUCCCGCUAGACCGGAGCAGCCUGGCCAACACACCCUUGCCGCCUAAUUUUUUUGGCAGCAGCUACGGCCUGAACUACCAGGUCGAAGGCUACGUCGAGUACGUCCUGGAAGCCCACCUCACGACGACUACGGCGGCAGACCGCAUAACGAGGACGUUUCGUGCUGCCAGGCCGUUGUUGGUGAGUCCGCGCAUUCUAGAUUUGCCGCUAGUCGACUUGGGAUCGCAUCUCGUAAAGACCUAUCGGGGCGUGAAAACGUUGCGGCUAAUCCCCGGCAACGAGGAAGCCAAAUUGACCUUCAAGCAAAAGACGAAGAUGUUCUUCGGCACGUCUAGCAUCCCUAAGAUGUGUUUUGAUCUAGAGGUCGUCAUGCCGCGCUCCAUUCAGCUCGAUCACCCUGAUACGCUGCCGGUGCGUCUGCGCGUUGUCCCAGACCCGUCUACCAACAACCGUGAGUCGAGCAGCCCUGAGCUACUGCAAGGGCCGCCGCCCAAAGUCAAGCUCACUUCGCUUCGUCUGACAAUUAAGACGAACGCGGAAGUUCGCUGUGGAGGCACCUUCCACCCACAUCACGGUAAUGUCAAGUCGAAGCAUGCCUUGGUGGACUAUGAUACCUUCAUAAGGCUACGGCAGGCAGUCUUCAUUCCUUGCGCUUGCACAGACAAAGAGUCGUCUCCAACCUAUGUAGAUGUUAGCAGCAUCUUUGGUAUACGACCAAAGCAGACCGCUGACCUGUGUCCUGAUUUUACCACGUUCAAUAUUCGCGUCACGCAUCUUCUCAAGUGGGAUAUAGAUGCCAGUAUUGCAGGCGAAGUGGUCAACGUCAGUGGGGAGCGUCCUAUCGUUAUCCUACCGGCCAGUGAAUUCAGCAGAUGA